AUGGGGAAUUGUGUACCCGGCGACAGCUCUCCUCUUUCAGUGGUUCUUGAUACAGCUUCGAGACAGUCCUUAGAUGCAAGUGCCGAGACUCUGAUAAAAAUAGUGAAUGUACUAAUGAUCGUAAAACUAGUGAAAUUUGAUAAAUUAACUGAUAUGAUCUCAAGAAACUCGAUAACAUACUGUCUUGGUACCUGUGGUCGUCCAACUCCAAUCCGUUCAUCGACUCCAAGAAAUAUAAAAACACAAUGA